GUGCAGGCAGUCGCUCUAUCGUCUAAUGUCGAAACAACAUACGUCCACCAACUGUUCCACUAUCGGCUACUCUAUCAACCACACUUAGUGUACAGAACACGUGCACAGCUAUACGUAUUAACUGGAAUAUACACUCAUACGUAAAUAAGAAACCAGUGAAUGUGCGGUAGUGAAAAAAUGUGUCGCUUAGAAAAUUAUUGGUCCAGGAUUUUCAUCUUUACGUUUUUUAUCGUUCAAAUCACACAGUGCGCUAAUUUGCGAUGUUACAAAGGGUCACUGGACAACUAUACAACAACUUCACUGGAAAAUGUCAUGUUCCUCGCAAACUCGUCGUGCAUAGACCCAACUUUACCUACCAUCCUUUACACAUUUGGGUACAGAGGCCGAGUGGCCGGCCCGGCCACCACUGCCAUUUUGAAUGCAUACCUGGCAAAGAAGAAGAGAAACGUAGUACUUCUAGAUUGGGAGGAAGAGGCCAAGAGUGGACUCCUUGGUAUACCUUUGGGGUACGUCCUAAAUGCCGUUCCUAAAGCAAAGAAGAUAGGUGACAAUAUGGGAGAUGCAUUGGUAAAUCUUGCAAACGCUGGUUUCAACAUGACGCAGGUCCAUCUCCUCGGACACUCCCUAGGAGCUCACAUUAUGGGAUUCGCUGGUAAAAGAGCUAGAGAACAAGGUUACGUCGUGUCAAGGAUAACGGGCUUGGAUCCCGCCCGAGCUUUAUUCGAAGGAUCGUUCGCUCGCAGUGGUCUGGACCGCACUUGUGCGAGAUUUGUUGACAUCAUACACAGUGACCCUGGUGGUUAUGGUACCACCAAACCAACGGGAACUGUCGACAUAUGGCCCAAUUAUGUUGGCAGCGGCGGUGCACAACCCGGUUGUGCUUCUGGAGACUUCGAAAUGUUCACUUCAGAGGCUGAUGAAAUCAACGAUGUUAAUAUCAACAAUGGAGUCAAUUACACACAGUACAUCAGAAUUAUCACAAAGAUAUUUCAUAAAAUGAAACCCAAUUUGUGCAAUCAUGACCGUUCAUGGCAAUAUUUCGUGGAAGCCAUAGCCCACCCGACCAUGUUCCCGGCCGCGUUUGCGAAAGACUACGAGAGUUGGCUUCAAAAGAACAAUAAUGAAGAUGUAAUAUAUUUAGGGGACCUAACAAAUACACGAUCUAGAGGCAAUUAUUACCUCAGCACUAACCCGAAAUCUCUCUACGGAAAAGGACCUGCAGGUCUCCAGCCCGACAAUCGAUCAGUGACUAGAAGACACACAACAUCAUCACUCGCCAGAUUUCUCAAAUAUCUUAGAUGAUAGCUAUAUUACCUAAUGUUAUGUAGUCAGUAAGUUUAUUGUUAAAUAGUAGAUAGUUGUAACGAACAAUUGAAUCCAAAGAUUCUAAUAAAAGACCUACACGGGACAGUAAAAUCAGGGACAUGAGACCCAUUUUGAUGGCGAUAAAAUCCUCUCGGCGAGUUCACUAUGUGAACACAACCGCGAACUUUACUAAGAAGCGUUCCCUACCAGUGCUCCGAUAUUGCACCUUAAUAACGUAAGGAUCUCAGGGUUGUAUGUUGUUGUUGGUGUGAGUUAAAGGCUCCCUUAUUAAGAAAGCUUGUUCUUCCGUAAAAUACACAAAACCGUUCGGUCAAUUCAAUUCAAU